UUACAGCCAAGGAAUUUUGGAAUGUCCGAUUUCCCGCUUGCACGUAAACGCAGCAGCGUUGACUUUGCCUUCUCAUGAUGUCGUACAGCAAAACCACACAGAGACAAAACCUGCAGCCGUCAUGCCUUCAUAUAUCCUGGGUUUAGAUGUGGGGACUACCUCGAUUAAAGCGAUUUUAUUAGACAGAGACUCCAGAUGUGUGGCUGCGACUCACUCCAUACCUACAACCUCUGAUAUCAGCGACAGUAGCGGGAUAAAGGCUAAAGAGCAGGAUACUGUCCAGAUCAUAGACACUUUGAACCGGUGUGUUGGCCUGCUGCCUGCAGACAAACUGCAGCAUGUGUGCAGCAUUGGGCUGUCAGGACAGAUGCAUGGAGUGUUAUUCUGGAGAGAAAAGAACGGUUGUAACUGGUCCAACGGAGACUUCUUCACAGCCAGAGACACCAGUCAUCUGAUCACCUGGCAGGAUGGACGCUGCACCAGUGGCUUCCUGUCAUCUCUACCACAGCCAGACUCACACCUCAGCGUAGCCACGGGGUUUGGCUGUGCAACAAUCUUCUGGUACAUGAAACACAGGCCUGAGUUCCUUGAGGACUUCACAACUGCAGGUACCAUCCAGGACUAUGUGGUGUCCAUGCUGUGUGGUUUGGGCGGGUGUGUGAUGACGCCUCAGAAUGCAGCAAGCUGGGGCUUCUUCAACACGUCCUCCAACCAGUGGAAUACAGACAUUCUGAAGGGUGCCGGCUUCCCUUUGCGCCUGCUUCCUCAGUGUGUGCCGUCUGGUGGCUUGGCGGGAAAGACGUGCUCUGACUGGCACGGCAUCCCCGCUGGUACGCCAGUAGGUGCCGCCAUGGGAGACUUCCAGUGCUCCGUCUACUCCUGCAUGAGUGAGCGGACAGAUGCAGUUCUUAACAUCAGCACCUCGGCCCAGCUGACCUACGCCAUGCCAGCUGAAUUCAAACCUCCACACUCUCCUCAGCCUGCUUCCCCCAUCUCAUUCUUCCCAUACUUUGACUCAUCUUACCUGGCGGUGGCAGCGUCACUCAACGGAGGGAACGUGCUGGCCACUUUUGUGGAGAUGCUCACUGCCUGGAUGAAAGAGCUUGGUGUCACAGGUGCAGAGCUGAAUGAUUCGUGCCUAUAUGAGAAGCUGAUUGGUUGUGCUCUGAACCAGGAAACCAGCGACCUGAGAAUGAGUCCUACCAUCCUGGGAGAGAGACACAGUCCUCUCUGCCUGGGACAGUUGACCAACAUCUCUGCUUCCAAUCUGUCUCUGGGUCAUGUGACAAGAGCACUGUGCCGCGGAGUCCUGGACAACAUCAUCUCCAUGAUGCCCGCUGAGCGUCUGCAGCAGGCGGGGGUCAGCAGGAUCGUAGGCAGUGGGAGCGCCCUCGCUCGCAAUGAGGUGCUGAGGCAGGAAGUGGAGAGGGUGUUUCCUCAGCCAGUGGUUUAUGGACAGAAUGCGGACUCUGCUGUUGGCGUGGCAAUGGUCCUCUGUGACCGACUUUGAAUCAGACUGAUAAUUGUUGUUGAUAGUUUGUUUACAUGAUUAUAAUUGAGAAUUUGCACAUUUUAAUACAAUUUUCUGAAUUGCUUCUACAUAGCUUAUCAAACAGAAAAGUUUAGAAAGGCAAACUGAAAUACUGCAGCAUAUUUUGCUCAGUGAAACUGAAAGAAGAGAAUACACAAUGAAAGUCCUGUGUAUUCAAAACCUUACAGUAUGUUCAGGCCUGCAUUUUUAGGACCAAAAAAACAAAGCGUGUCUGACACACUGACUGCAGCUGGCUGCUGGAUCAAAAAUGUGAUUACACUGUGAUUGAACAGCUAUUAAAUAGCAAUACAGCAGGCAUUUCUGGGUCUGUUUUGUUGCCUUUUUUGUAUUUUUUUUCUGUGUAUUCAUUAACGUAACAUUGUGCAAAAGUGGUUUCAUCAAUUUAACACAACAAUCAAAGUUAAAGCUCAGUCAUCAGAAAACAUCAUUACUGCUAUCACUUAGCUAUACACCAACACAGUAACAGCUGAAUACAACACUUUGACUUUCCUUUCCUGGACGUUGCUGAAAGGUAUUUUUAUAUAUUCAGAGAGUGGAUGGAAAUCAAAGUCCUGCUUUGAAGAUCACAGAUUUAUGAUCACAGAUUUAUGAUAACCAUGUGGUCUUUCAGCAUGGCCAGUGAGAUGAGAUGUGUCAAGUUACUAACAUGUUAGCAUUCAAGCAGAAAAUAGCCUAUCAAGGAAAUGCUUUUCCUCAGGUAUUACUGUGUCAUUCUUUGUUCCCUCCAUCUGUCUCAUGGUUUUUAUGUUACAUGGAGGUUAAAAUGUAGUUCCCUCCUAGUCUGGCGUUUCCAGCUCAGCUAUCUCCUGUUACUUCUACAGUCUGGAGUUACUUGGCUCUAAGCAACAUUGGUGAUCCUGAAUAAGCAGCAUCAUGAAACUGGUUAUCAACUGGCUCAGGUCAUUCUGGGUUUACCAGUCUAGUUAUGAAUGUGUUAAUAUUAAAGAAGCAGAAAUUAUAUUCACAGGUCAAUCACAUGCAGCAUCACCAGAACCAUGAUAGAAGUACUGAAUAUGAUUAUACUAGAUUAUUGGACUAUAAACACUACUACAUACAA